AUGGUUAACACCCUCACAAGAUAUUCCUUUGCUAGCUGCGAUAAGUUGGAAUCAUUCCAAGUAUUUGGAGAUAUCCUUAAGAUGGAAAGAUGCGUAUUUUUCCGUUCCAACAAUCUCAAGCAAAUAAAGUUUGGCGGAUUCAUUGAUGUCGUUGAUGAGUUAGCUUUUAAUGGAACAAUCGGACUUAGGAACAUCACAUACUGUGGAUUACAAGCAGUUAAUGGUGAAGCCCUUAAGAAUCAUGAGCCACAUGGUAUUCAAAUUAAUGUUCUUGUUGCAUCUGAUUACCAAGGCACAACAUUUAUGGGUGUUCCAGCAACAAAGGAAUCAUCAGCCUGUUCACCAAGAAGAACACCAGAACCAACUGCAAAGCCAACAAAGGAGCCACUUCCAUCUAAGAAAGUCAUUAUUAUAGCAUCAGUUGUAGUUGGAUGUGCACUCAUUUUGACAGCGGUUAUAGUUAUUUUCGUUGUUAAAUGCUGCAUGAAGAAGAAUGGUUGGAUUAAGAAGGAGACUUUAACAGAAUCUCUCCUUACACAAUCAAUUUAA